CAAAUAAAAGCAGAAAGCUAAAUUAAAUUAUUUUACCAUUUUAACAUAACAACAGGUCUCCCUCCGACUUGGUCACAUCCUUGGACGGCUCCACUCUUCUCCUCUAUCAUCUCCCCCGAAUCGUCUUCGUCGUUGUUAUCUCCAUCUCCAGAAUUCGGAAAUUUCUGGGAAUUUCGAUUUUGAUUUCUAUUUCUUCGCGCUCUUAUUUUCUCUGUCUGCUCGGCUGUUUCUCUCUAUCGACUGAUUCAGGGAAAUCGGGGUCAAACCGGCUCUGAGCUAUCUCUUCAGGUUCGAAAUUUACAGAUUUUAUCUGGUCUGAUGGGAUCAGAGCCUCGGUUCGAACCGAGGCCCGAACUGAUUGACUUACCCGUUCUUCAGAAAUUCAAGCUCUACGCUACUCCCUCGAAUUUUUAUUUGAUUGGAAGAGAUGAGAACAAAAGCUUUAGGAGGAUUCUUAAGAUUGAUCGAAGAGACCAAAACGAGUUAAAUUUGUUUGAAGAUCCUACAAGGUAUACAAAAGAAGAAAUGCGCGAACUGAAAAGGCGGAUGAUUGUAGGGAAUGAGGAGUCUGGUGGGUUUAAAGCAAUCACAACUUGCUAUGGAAUCAUUGGAUUUGUGAGAUUCUUGGAGCCUUAUUACAUGUUGGUGAUUACAAAAAGAAAGAAAGUGGGUGAGAUCUGCGGCCAUACAGUUUAUGGUAUAGCUGAGAGUCAAAUGAUCGCGAUUCCACAUCCUUCCAUUCAGACAAAAGUGGCUAAGUCUGAAGCCGAGCAAAGGUACAAGAAGCUCCUAAGCGUGGUGGAUCUUAGCAAAAACUUCUACUUCAGCUACACUUAUCACCUCAUGUAUUGCCUUCAGAAGAACAUAGGCAACACUGAGAGAGGAAACGCUCAUGACAACACAAUGUUUGUGUGGAACUCCUUCUUAACACGAGAGAUCAGAAAGAUCCUGCAGAAUUCCAUAUGGACAGUUGCAUUGGUAUACGGAUUCUUUCAACAGACUAAAUGUUCAGUAUCUGGUGAAGAUUUUGUUUUCACUAUCAUUGCUCGGCGUUCACGGCAUUAUGCGGGUACAAGAUAUUUAAGGCGUGGUGUAAAUGAUAUAGGCAGAGUGGCCAAUGAUGUUGAGACGGAGCAGAUUGUUUCCAAAGUGGUUCCUGCGGGUCAGAAAAUCCCGAUAACAUCAGUUGUGCAGAUUCGAGGCUCCAUACCCCUAUUUUGGUCACAGGAGGCAUCUGUUUUCAACCCACAGCCCGAGAUUAUAUUGAAUAAGAAGGACGCAAAUUAUGUGGCUACCCAACACCACUUUGAGAAUCUGAGACAGAGGUAUGGGAGCCGGAUAAUAAUUCUGAACCUCCUAAAGACUGAGACAGGUGAGAAAAAGCAUCGAGAAACCAGCUUAAGGGCAGAGUUUGCAAAGACAAUCCGCUUUAUUAACAAAGGCAUGGACAAGGAGAAUCGUUUAAAGGCAAUUCAUUUUGAUCUAAGCAAACACUACAAAAAAGGAGCUGAUGGUGCAUUCAACCACUUGUGUAUCUUUGCAAGGAAAGCAUUGGAAUUAACUGACCUGUUUUACUGUAAAGCUCCUUCAGGUGUAGGAGCUGAAGGAGUAAUUUAUGAUUCAUUUUUCAAUAACCCUAUUCCAAAUCAAGAUGAAGAGGCGAGUAGUCCAGAUAAAGAAGCUUUGAAGGCGGAUAUAUUUAUGCUUCAAAAUGGGGUCUUGAGGACAAACUGCAUAGACUGUCUGGAUCGCACAAAUUUUGCGCAGUACGCCCACGGAUUGGUAGCUCUUGGGCAUCAGCUGCGUACAUUGGGUAUCUCAGGACCUCCUGUCGUUGAUCUUAAUAAUCCUCUGGCAAUAGAACUGAUGGACGCUUACCAAAAGAUGGGUAAUACACUUGCGCUGCAGUAUGGUGGCUCGGAAGCACACAGCAAGAUGUUCUGUGAUCUGAGAGGUAACUGGAACAUGGUGAUGAGGCAGCGUGAUAUCUUCACAGCUGUACGCCGUUACUACAGUAACGCGUAUCAAGACAGUGAUAAGCAGAACGCCAUCAAUGUGUUCUUGGGGCAUUUCCGGCCUCGAUUGGGGAAGCCAGCACUAUGGGAGUUGGAUUCUGACCAGCACAACAUCGGAAGAUCUGGUUCUAACUUGGAUAUUGAAAAUAUGAGGCCACUAAUUAGAAGAUCAUUUUCCGAUAAUAUUCUUAUGGAUUGUGAUCUGAAUCUGGAGGAGCUGGUACGCGAAAAUUCUCAGCCUUCUUAUGAAGGGUUAAACGGGGGUGUCUCAGGAACCAAUUUAGAGUUUCCAUUCUAUGAAACUGAACCAGCUUCUCUAAGCUUCCUCUCGGUUAUGCGAAAUGAAGAUCUUCUCAGAGAAACAAGGUCAGGGCAGAUGUUUGAAGGCAGUUCCUCUAAUUCUGAUUCCCACAGGCCCAAUGAUAUACCUGGUUUUGCACACUCAUACGCAACUAAAUUCACUCCGGCAGAAGAAAUAUUUGAACGUGGCAGCUCAAAGUCUGUUUCGUCAGAUAACUUGUUCACCGACCUGGAUGAAUCCGUCACUUCUUUAACUAAUACGAACUCCAGUUUUGACUUUCCUAUAACUGGUGGUUCCGAUUUGCUACCUGGUUUCUCAAAUGAUUUCGCUCGAUGGGUAUUCUCCGCAAGAGCAUGGUAAAGAGGGUUUGGAGAAGAAAACGAGCCUUGCACAGGAAGGUAACGGUGGUUACUUGGCAGGUACGGCAGGGUUGAACAGUGUCGUAAUAACAGGAAAGCACAGAAUAACAGCCACAUCUUGUAAAUAUCCGACUCACCUUUGUAAAGGUCCUGGUUUCUUGUUUUUUCACCAACAACCACAAAAGUUGAAUUUGUUUUUAUGUUUUUGGUAAUAUAUAGAGUGUUUGGUU